GAAGCCAACCCACACGGACAGUCCGGCAAUGGACCACCACCGUCGUCGCCGCUGCUGGCCCGCCGCCACUGUCGCAGCGACGCUCUGCCUUGUCCUCGCGCUCGGCGGGAGGAGCGGCGCCGCGGCGAGGCCGCUGAGGCGCCUGCACGCGGCGGAGGGGAGCACGGAGUCCGCGGCGUCGGAGGCGGUGCUCGACGUGACGGCGGCCGAGGCGCCGGAGGCCACCAGGUGGGCCGGAGCCGCCGGGGGCGAGGAGGGCCAGGACGAUCUCGGCGCGGGGAAGUGGCUGCCGCUGCCCAUGCCGAUGCCGAUGCCGGCGGGGAGCGCGCUGGCGGGCGGGCUGCGGUUCCCGCCGGUGUCGUUCCCGCUGUCCGGCGCGUCCAUGCCGUGGCUCCCCGGCGCGCCGCCCGCGUUCGCCGGGAUGCCGGCGCUCGUGCCCCCGUACGUGGGCGCCACGCGGCAGGAGCAGCUCAGCCUGUGGGCGUCGCUGUUCAACCCGUUCCAGGUAAGGCCGAGGGUGCCCGGCGCUCUGAGCGGCGAGACGGCGGCGGCGGGGACCGGCGCCCCGGCCAUCGCCAGCGGCGGGAAGGCCGCCGAGGGGGCGACCAUGGACGUGCCCGCCGCCGUCGCCGCGCAGGUCGCCCAGUCCAAGUGGGGCGUCUUCUCGGGCAACAUCGAUCGCCGCAACUAGAUAGCUCAUGGCUAGUCAUGUGGCGAAAUAAGCCGAUUAGCUUAGUAGAUGAAAAAAAUGGUAGACUAAUUAAGGAAAAUGUUAGUAGCAUACUAAACUUUUUGCAGUUUGAGCAAAAUGUUUGUAUCAAGGAGCAGUCGAGAGAGUUAGAGAAGGUUGUUGUCUAUUCAUUUCCGUGAUGUUCUUUAAACUCGAUAUGUGUA